GUCACAAAACUGUCUCCCUCCGGGCGGGCGGACCAGAGGAGAGGUACGGCCGGCCGGGAGCAUGGGCCGCCCCGUGCUGCUGCCGCUGUGCGUUCUGAUCUGCACCCCAGCCUCCUGGGCUCUGCUCUGCUCGUGGUGUAAAAGCAGUGGGCCCUGCCAGGUGGAGGAGUGUGCCCCGGGCCAGGAUCUCUGCAGGACCACGGUCAUGCACGUGUGGGGAGAAGAUGAGCUGGAGGUGGUGGAGAGAGGCUGUGCUCAUGCAGAGAAGACCAACAGGACGAUGAGCUAUCGGCUGGGCCCGCAGAUCAUCAGCCUGACAGAGACCGUGUGCCGGUCCAACUUGUGCAACCGGCCCAGACCUGGCCAGGCACGCACCUUCGCCAUGGGCCGGUACCUUGAAUGUAUUUCCUGCACCUCGUCAGACUUGAGCUGUGAGAGGGGCCGGGAGCAGAGCCUGCAGUGUCGCCUCCCCAGAGAGCAGUGCAUCGAGGUGGUGACCCACAACAGCCUGGAAGACACAGAGAGCAGCACAGAUGAGCACCACACCCGAGGCUGCGGCUUCCUCCCUGGCUGCCCCGGCCCCACCGGCUUCCACAACAACCACAGCUUCCACUACCUGCGAUGCUGUAAUAGCACCAAAUGCAACAGGGGCCCAGUCAUAGAGCUCCAAAACCUGCCACCCAAUGGAGUCCAGUGUUACAGCUGUGAGGGGAACGGUACCCAUGGGUGCUCCUCCAGUGAGAGCUCCCUGGUCAGCUGCCGAGGCCCAAUGGACCAAUGUCUCCAAGCCACGGGCACUAAAGGACCGGGGAAUGCGAACUUCACACUGAGGGGCUGUUCAACUGCCUCCUGGUGCCAAGACUCCCACAUGGCCGACACCUUCAGCCUGACUCACCUCAGUGUCUCGUGCUGUAAGGGCACUGGUUGUAACCACCCAGCCAGCGACGUCCAUUACCGCAGUGGGGGUGCCCCCCGGCCUGGCCCUGUCCCCCUCAGCCUUGCCAGCACUCUGCUUGUGACCAUAAGACUGUGGGGAGGCGUUCUCCUCUGGACCUGAACCCCAGGGCCUCCACCCUGGCUGGACCCAGGGGACCCCUUUGUCCUGUCCUCAACCCUUGUUCCUGCGGACUUGUGCCUGUGUGCUGUCCUCUCGGGGCCACGGUUUCCCCAGCUGUGUGACUGUCUCACCACGUGCUCCUGAGAGCUGGAGGAGAAAAGCUGGAGCAAGGCUGUGGGUCAGCAAGAAAGCUCUUGGUUUUAUUAAUAUUGUUGCUGCUCUUGUUAUUGUUAUUAUUAAUAUUCAUAUUUAUUUUAUAUGUAAAUAAAAAAUUUUUAUACCAGUGGACUUCA